AUGAGAAUGGCAAGGAAGGCGAAGAACGCUCGGUCGAAGCGAGCGAUGAUGGCGCGAGAGGCGAAGGUGGUGGAGGAAGAGAGAAGCUCCCUCUUCAUGCGCGGCACGAGCACCAACGAGCUGAUCAACGAGAUCCUCAAGGAUCUGAACGCUCUCAAGCAGCCAAAUUCAACCUUCUUCCGACGACGAAACGACAAGCGACCAUUUGAGGAUGAGACUUCGGUUGAGUUUCUCUGCAUGAAAAACGAAGCUUCAAUUUUUGGCUUCGGAACACAUAGCAAGAAGCGGCCCAACAAUUUGAUUCUUGGCAGAAUGUUUGACUACAAGAUCUAUGACAUGUAUGAGUUUGGCUUAACCGAAGUGAAACCCGCCUGCUUGUUUUCAGCCAACUCUGCGCCGAGCUACCAGAACAAGCCUCUCAUUGUCUUCCAGGGUGAUGCGUUCGAGACAGACACAAAGCUUGAGGGCCUCAAGAACUUUUUCCUCGACAUGUUUGCGCACAAGGCGAUGGACAAAAUCAACUUGGGGGGACUGGAGCAUGUGAUUGUUCUGACAGCCGAGGGAUCCAAGGUGGCAUUCCGGCACUACAGCAUUUCGUUCAAGAAGUCAGGCGGACGAGUGCCGAGAGUGGAGUUGGAGGAGCUCGGGCCUAGCUUCAACAUGGAGCUGCGAAGGGAACGAGAAGCUUCAGCUGAUAUCAAGAGGGCUGCUUGCAGGGUACCUAAGCAAGUGAAAGCUCAAUCCAAGCUCAAGAAGAACUAUGAACGGAACGCGCUCGGGGAGACGAUGGGUCGAAUUCACAUGCAGAAGCAAAGCUUGGACGAAUUUCAGACUCGAAAGGUUAAGGCGCUCAAGAGAGGCCGAGAUAAAGUUGUUGAGGCUGAGAGAGCAAAAGAAGAGGCAAAGCGAGCAAAGCGAAUGGACGAUAGUGACGAGGAGUAA